AGGCGAUUAAUCAAGAAUCGAAUUUUUGGCGGGAAAUCUGGACUUGAUCAGUGACAUCCACCAUGGCAAAGAUUCCCUCGAGUGACUCUCAAACCCUCAGUUGACGCCGAUCAGUUCCGGAGGAAGGAUCUGUCACUCGCAUCAUGGAUUCCAGGAACUAUCCCAGACAGUCAAGCUUCAGGUAUUCUACCAACCCGAGCCAUGGAUUUUCGAGAAACCAGAGGACGCCUCCAGCCCGUCGCAGGCUUCACUUUUCCAGCCCACCCUCUUCAGCAGGCAGAGGGACUGGGAGUGGCAGCUACAACAGGAAGGACGGAGCGAAGCAGCGCACCUACUCGACUGUCCAUCUGCGAUACAAAACAGAGCUUUGCAGAGCCUUUGAAGAGAGUGGGGUGUGUCGUUUUGAAAGCGAUUGCACCUUCGCCCAUGGAUUUGAAGAGUUGCGAGCUGUCUCGCGGCAUCCAAAAUACAAAACAGAGCUCUGUCGAACGUUCCAUGGAUAUGGGUUCUGUCUGUAUGGCAUCCGGUGCCACUUUGUACACAGCCUGGACGAACUCGGUGGUUUGUCUCCUACUGAUGAGUAUCUGAUAAGAAAACACCAAAUGGAAAUGCUAUCAAACAUAGCCCGAACAGAAACAAACACAAAGCCAGCUAUCAACCGUGUUUUACUUACAAAUCUUCAACAGCUUUAUGAUACACAGAAGCGAGCUGGAAGCCCGCCUCUGCCUCAGCACCUCCAACAGUUGUUGAAUAAAGAUCUUCCCACAGCCAGCAGUGCAGCCAUGUUGCUGAUGAACCAGCAGCAAGUUCCCCCAGAUCCUGCAGUGGCAGUUGCUGACUUUCUGCGGCAGCUCAACCAGAUGACUGUGGCUGAGUCGCCCUGUUCAAAAACUGAAACCCUCAGCUGCGAUCCUGACGUCAGCCCCGAUCGUCUGACAGAAGCCAGUCUGUCAGGAAGUAUGGAUACUAGCUUCCACAAGGGAUUAGACAGCAGUGGUAUGUCCAACUCAAGUGUUUUUGAUUCGCCUCCUAAGGAGUGCCUCUGGGGCAACGAGCAAAAACCCAAUUUCCAGCAUGAAGGGAAUGGUGGCAAGCGGACUUUGAAUUCUCAGCAUGGCUCUCGAGAAGAAAGGGCUGCAGUCCUUGCAACUGCUGUGGCUGAGGCUGCUAUUGCAAUUUCAAACUAAUGUCGCCUGCUUUUGACCAUAACAAAACUAAUGCAGUAUAUGCAAGUAGUUUUUUCUACUUUAUACUUGGUUGAAUAUAUAUCAACACAAACUUUGAGUCUGCUUUGAAAUGCAAUAUUACGUUUUUGAGUAUA